UCGCGGAUGCAGGAGGACUGGAUCGAGGAGGAGUGCCACCGCGUGGAGGCCCAGCUGGCGCUGAAGGAGGCCCGCAAGGAGAUCAAGCAGCUGAAGCAGGUCAUCGACACGGUGAAGAACAACCUGCUGGAGAAGGACAAGGGGCUCCAGAAGUAUUUCGUGGACAUCAACAUCCAGAACAAGAAGCUGGAGACGCUGCUGCACAGCAUGGAGGUGGCGCAGAACGGGGCGCUGAAGGAGGAGGGGGCCGGGG